GUGGUGUUAAGAUUCUACUUCCUAUGUUGUAUGGAUCGCACAUGUGAGAGCAUGUCCGCAGCAAAUGGAAGCGACGAGGAGGGUUCGGACUCCACGGAAGCCGCGGUCCGGAUUAGGGACACUCCAGAAGACAUUGUGCUGGAAGCACCAGCUAAUGGGCUGGCCUUUCAUCCAUCCCGCGACCUCCUGGCGGCGGGGGACGUAGACGGAGACGUAUUUGUCUUUUCCUACUCCUGCCAAGAGGGAGAAACCAAGGAGCUCUGGUCCUCAGGCCACCACCUCAAGUCCUGCCGAGCUGUAGUCUUCUCUGCAGAUGGACAGAAACUUGUUACUAUCUCCAAGGACAAAGCCAUCCACAUUCUAGAUGUAGAGCAGGGCCAGCUGGAAAGACGCAUUUCCAAGGCUCAUGGUGCCCCCAUCAAUUCUCUGCUGCUGGUGGAUGAGAACAUUCUAGCUACUGGAGAUGACACAGGAGGUGUCCGGCUCUGGGAUCAGCGGAAGGAGGGUCCCUUGAUGGACAUGCGACAACAUGAGGAGUACAUUGCUGACAUGGCACUGGACCCAGCCAAGAAGCUGCUGCUGACAGCCAGUGGGGAUGGCUGCCUCGGUGUCUUCAACAUUAAGCGACGGCGAUUUGAACUGCUUUCAGAACCUCAGUCUGGGGACUUGACCUCUGUCACACUUAUGAAAUGUGGGAAGAAGGUAGCUUGUGGCUCCAGUGAAGGUACCAUCUACCUCUUCAACUGGAAUGGUUUUGGGGCCACAAGUGACCGCUUCGCCCUGAGAGCCGAGUCUAUCGACUGCAUGGUUCCAGUCACUGAGAGUCUGCUCUGCACUGGUUCCACAGAUGGAGUCAUCAGGGCUGUGAACAUCCUGCCGAACCGAGUCGUGGGCAGUGUGGGCCAACAUGCUGGGGAGCCUGUGGAGGAGCUGGCCCUUUCUCACUGUGGCCGAUUCCUGGCCAGCAGCGGCCAUGAUCAGCGUCUAAAAUUUUGGGACAUGGCCCAGCUACGGAAUGUGGUGGUGGAUGACUACCGAAGGCGCAAGAAAAAGGGAGGACCUCUGCGGGCACUAAGCAGCAAGGCCUGGAGCACAGAUGACUUCUUUGCAGGACUGAGGGAGGAGGGAGAGGAUUCCACAGUUCAGGAGGGAGAAGAGGACAGUGAGGACGACAGUGACUGAACCGGUGAACUGGACCUCAAGACCGUCCUCAAUGGGCAAGAUCUUGCUUCCUGGACUGGCUCCCCCAGACAGUUUUGAGUGAUAACACCCCAUUAUGUGGUGUAAGAAGAUGUACAGGACAGUUCAGGACUCAUACUCUGAUGUAAAGAGUGCUUUCCUUAUAGCAGCUGCUCAUGCUACCAGCAGAAAGAUAAGUUCACAGCAGGGGCAAGACUGCACAGACACAGGUGUACACCAACCAUGGGUUUAAUAUAAAUACAACCAGCACAGAAAAACUCAAACCACAUAGAAACCAAUACCAGAAUGUUAAGUGAUGGGGACAAAAGGCAGAUUUCUAACCCUUUUGGCUUAGCCAGACCCCAAAUAAAAACCAAGAGGACAAAUCAAGAAAAU